UCCAUCUGUAGUCAAAAUUUAGAACAAACGAUGUCAUUACAAAGUCCAAGAAGAAGAGUGGCAGUUGUUUUAUCUCAAAUUUCAUUUUCUGAUAACCAAUGUUGACAGAAAUUAUCGUAAUCAUGGUGGUUUUAGCAGUGAUUGGAGGUUACAUUGUAACCUCAGUGUUGUUACUGAAAUUUCCUCAAAUUUUACACAGAAAGAAAAGCAUAAAAUUUAAACCUGUGCAUAUAAGCCAUCGAGGGGGAGCUGGUGAACACAUAGAGAAUACAAUGACAGCAUUUAAACAUGCUGCUUCUAUUGGAACAGAGAUGUUAGAAAUUGACUGUCAUAUUACCAAAGAUGGUCAGGUGGUUGUAUCACAUGACAGUAGUCUUAAAAGAACAUGCGAAACUGAGGGUCAGGUUUCAGAUUUUACGUAUGAGGAACUACCACUCCUAAAUCAAGAACACAGAUUAGAUUUCUAUCAAACAUUUAAACUGAAGGGUGGAGAAGACAGAAGAAUACCAUUAUUACGGGAAGUGUUCGAGGCAUUUCCUGACAUGCCUAUAAAUAUAGAUAUUAAAAUAGAUGAUGAUGAACUUAUAGAAAAGGUUAAUGAUAUGAUAAAAGAAUUUAAGAGAGAACAUUUAAUAGCCUGGGGAAACAGGAGUAGUAAAGUGACAGAUAAAUUAUACAGAAUUAAUCCUGAUAUUCCAUUAAUUUUCUCCAUGCAGAAAGUGAUAUUGCUACUUGUAUUAUUUUACACUGGGUUAUUGCCCUUUGUGCCAAUCAAAGAAUCACUACUAGAGGUUGUCAUGCCAAGUAUAGUGUUUGAUGACAGGAAAAUUCCUCUUAAAUUCAGUAGAGCUAUGAGAUGUCUUUUACGGACAGCUGAUGUGUUAUUAAUGAGUCCAGUAUUAUUUAACUAUUUAAGAAGAAGAGGAAUGCAGACAUACUUGUGGGUUUUAAAUGAUGAGGAGGAAUAUACUAGGGCCUUCAGACUGGGAGCUGAUGGUGUGAUGACAGACUUUCCAACAAAACUGAAAAAAUAUUUAGACUGUCACCCUGAAUAUAAAAGUCAGAAGUCAGAUGUAUAACAUAGGGCUUUUAUAUUAGAAUCAAAAACUUUGUUUAUAUCAAAUGAUAUUUUGCUUGAACCUAAAACACUUUGUUGUAGCAACCAAUAUUUUGCUUGAAACAAAAUUCCUCUGUUGUAUAAAACAAAUAAUGCUUGAACCAAUACCACUUGUUGUACCAAACAAUAUUUAGCUUGAACCUGAAUUUCUUUGUCAUACCAAACAAUAUUUAGCUUGAACCAAUACCACUUGUUGUACCAUACAAUAUUAAGCUUGAACCUGAAUUUCUUUGUCAUACCAAACAAUAUUUAGCUUGAACCAAAUUUCUCUGUCAUACCAAACAAUAUUUUGCUUGAACCAAAUUUCUCUGUCAUACAAAACAAUAUUUUGCUUGAAUCAAAUUUCUCUGUCAUACCAAACAAUAUUUUGAUUGAACCGAAAUUUCUUUGUCGUACCAAACAAUAUUUUGAUUGAACCAAAAUUUCUUUGUUGUACCAAACAAUAUUUUGAUUGAACCGAAAUUUCUUUGUCGUACCAAACAAUAUUUUGAUUGAACCGAAAUUUCUUUGUCGUACCAAACAAUAUUUUGAUUGAACCGAAAUUUCUUUGAUGUACCAACAAUAUUUUUCUUGAACCAAAAUUUUUAUUGUAUGUUGUUUUUGUAUGGGGCUAAAUUUAAAACAUCCUUUUAUACUCUACUUGAACAAAGGGCAAUUGAUAACUAUUGCCAUCGCUUACCUCUGCACGGUGUUUUUUUCAUUGUUGUCCUGCAAUGUUUUUUCAAUUAUUACCAUGAAACCAUUUAGCUAAUCAAAACCAAGUUUGACCACAAUUAUAAUAUCAAAAUUUAGCAAUGAUCAGAUUUUCCAUUGCAUGUUAAUGUUGUAUGGGGCCAAAUUAAAAAAUAUCUUUUUAUGUUCUACUUGACCAAAGGGCAAUUGAUAGCUAUUGUCGAAAUUCAAGCCCCUGCAGUGUGUUUUGCCAUUAUUGCCCUGCAAUAUUUAUUUCAAUUAUCACCCUUAAACCAUUUGGCCAAUCAAAACCAAGUUAUCAAAAUUUAGAUGUUGCAUGAUAAGAAAUGGGAAUUUUUUGUUGUUUUUUCAAUCAAUUUCAGUAAUUAGGUUAAAAAGCAAAAAUUUUUCCUUUUAUAAAUUCAAUCUUUAAGAAGAUUAGAAUGAGGGCAAAAACACUAAAAUAAAACCUUUAAAAAGAAUUUGAACUAACAAAUCAUGAAAUUUAAUCUCUGUUAAAAUAAAGAACUUUUUCAUUAAGGAGUUUCACUAAAUAAUAAGAGAAUUUAGUAGGAUAUAUGCUUACUUUUAUUAUGUACUAGCUGAUGUUAUGUCACAGGUACAAAUAUAUGUCAAUUAUGAUGUCUGCAUGAGGUAAAAGAUUUUUUACAAAGGUUUACAAAUAUAUGUCUAAACUUUAUAAAAAAAAACACUGUUUUUUUUUUUAGCUUUCAUCACUUGGUGUCUGGUAUCCUCUGUUAACUUUUACAAAAAUCUUCUCCUCUGAAACAACUGGGCCUAUUGGAACCAAAGUUGGCAACAAUCAUUCUUGGGUAUCUUAUUAAGAAGUGUGUCUGAUGAUUCCCACCUGGCAACCAACACGACCAUCAAGGCUAAAAAUAAAAUAUAGGACUGAAAUUUUUUUAAUGCAAGUAUUUUGAAAACCAUUAUAGAUAAAGAAAAUCUCAGGCAAAAAUUCACAUCAAGGUCUACCUACUUUCAAUCUUGACCAAAAUUGUCCUUAUAGGUGUUAUUGAUUUUAAAUGACAAUUUUAACCAAUUUUAUGGGUUUUUGUUUUCUACUGUCUUGAUUGAUUCAAUGAAUGAUAUUUGUAACAUAUAAGUCAAUGGUCUAAAAGUCUAAAUCUAGUAUAGAAUGGUUUUUAACAAUCAUAUAUAGAUUUUCUAAGCUCACCUGGCCUUCCAUUGACCAUUCCUUAUCAUCCAACUUCCUUAAACUGAUCUUAUUUUUAUUUCCUUUUCUGAAACUACUUAUCCAAUUUUAACAAAACUUGGCAGCAAUUAUGGAGGGAAGGUAUUCUAAAAAACAUUUAAAUUUUAUACAUAUUGCAUGGACAAAAAUGGAUACCAGGGCAAUCUUUGAUUCUGAUUUGCCAUUUUUCAAGCUAGAAGGCAAAAUGUUAUGAAACUUUGGGACUGAUGGUUAAAGACCCUCAACAAUGUUCUUCAUUCAAUUUUUAUCAAAUAGCAAACUUGAAGGCAUAGGUUGCACAUGGUUCCCAUUAAGACCCUUUGGAAAAUCACAUUCUCUCUCAAAACAUCCUGGCAGUAAUGAUGUAUGGAAGAUCCCUUGUAAGUAAUCAUCAUUUGGUUCUGAUUUGAUGGAUUAUAGAGACAAUGUUAGAUUCUGAUUGACAAAUUUCAAAAACCUUCUCUUCCAAACUGCAAGAAGGUGGUAGGAUUUCAAACUUAAGUGGAUUAAAACAAAGCAAUAGAAAGUUAGAUUUGUCAGAAGUUAUCUUCUCUUGAGCAAUUAGGGGAUAAAUAUACUAGGUGAGCGAUUUCAGGCUCCAGUUUUAUAAUAUGUAUUAUCUCCUGAAGUAGAUGACUUUUUGUAGCAAAGUUUUUUACUUUUAAAUAAAUUUUCAUAAAUAUUUAUUUUCAAAUGACUUGCAGCAUAAAACAGUUAUCUUACAGCAAACUUUUUUGUAACAUACAUGUACUAUCAUAUAUAAUUCAUGGCAAUCAGAGUAUUUUGCAAGUGUUUGGCAUCGUUAUCUGUUAUGAAAAAAGUAAUUGUCUAUUUGUCAUCACAGUAGCAUUAAACAGUAUUCUUCUUUAGAAAUCCAAAAAGGGAAUAUACAUUGUAUUAUUGUAGUGAAUAAACCAUUUACAGUACUAGUAUUGAAAUUUUAGCUGUCAUCAAUAACUGUGAUUGAUGGUUGCAAUAAUCUUUUUUAUGACUUACUACUACAUUGUCAUAAAACUAACUUCUACCACUUUAAUAGUUGAAUAUUGCUAUGUAUAUUAUAAUAAUAUGGUACAGUCUCCUGAUGUGAACUUGUUAUACACAUAACCUGCCCUAGCCCACCUUUCCAUGACCAUGUAAACUUUUGUCAUUGUUGUUUUUAUAGUAUAUUGUUAUUUAUUUAUUGAUAUUGUAAAAAUAAAAUGUAGAAUUUGU